AUGCAGUUUUAUCAAGUGCAAAAGAUGUUGAUAAAUAGAGGAGGUUAUCGAUUUCAUUCAUUGUUUAGUGGUUUUUCGUUUAAGAAAUCUUUACUUCAUAAAAUGGCUUCCCCAAUGGAUAAUUCAAGAAAAAUUUUGUCACAUAUUGAUCCUGGAAAUUUGAAUUUUAUUAUAUAUCAUAAGAACUGCCCUGAUGGAUUUGGAGCAGCAUAUUCGGCAUGGACUCGAUUUGGUACAAACGCAACAUAUUUUGCGGCAGCACAUGAUACACCACCACCAUCUGAUACGGAAAUCCAAGGGAAACGUGUUGGAUUAUUUGAUUUCGCAUAUAAAAAUGAGAUUCUUAAUGAAAUUGAGAAAAAAGCGGAAUUGGUGGUUGUAGUUGAUCAUCAUGUUUCAGCAAAAGACAGGUUAAUCGGUCAAGGAAAUGAAAAUGAAAAAAAUUAUUAUUUCGAUAUGAAUAAAAGUGGAGCUAGGUUAGCAUGGGAAUUCUUUUGGCCUGACAAAGAAGUUCCUUUACUAAUUCGUUAUAUCGAAGAUAGGGACUUGUGGAGAUUUGCGUUACCUAAAUCUAAAGAAUUUACUACAUUUUGGAAUAAUGUACCACACGAAUUUGAAGCUUAUGAUCAAUAUAUUAAAGAUGAGAGUUUGAUAGAAAAAGCAAAAGAAGGCGGUACACAUAUAUUGGGAUAUACGGACGCAUUAGUAAACCAAUUAGUGGAAAGACACGCGGCAAAACGUCAAAUAACACUCUCAGUAGAUCGAUCCCCUCCCAAAACCUUUACAGUAUUUAUGUUAAAUAGUAUCACACUCCAAUCAGAAUUAGGAAAUGCAUUAGCCAGAAAAGAAGAAGCAGACUUUGGAUUGGUAUGGUAUUAUGAUGCUAAAGAGAAAAGAUAUAAUGUAAGUCUAAGAAGUAUAGAUGAAAAGGCUGAUGUAUCAAAAAUUGCUAAAGUAUUUGGUGGAGGGGGGCAUAGAAAUGCUUCUGGUUUUACUUGGGAAGAUGAAACCAUUGAAAAGCUUUUUAAUUAUGACAGAACUGAUAGUGAAGUCUGGUAUAUUUGA